AAACGCACACACUUACUUCCUCAAUUUAUGCCAGCAAAUGCGAGCCCUCGGUGUAGACUGGCUAUUGCAGCAUAGCUACAUGCUAGCUAGCUAUAUAACUCAUUGAUUGCAAUUCUAGCUAGAUCCAUCGUUUGGAUCUUUGAACUUUUCUUGAAUUUAACAACAUCCCUCUAGAAAAAUGAUCCCAGAGCUGUCCAGUCCCUCAGUGUGUAUGAGGGACCCUCAGAGGGUGGAGGAGAUCAUCAAGGCCAUGCAGAAGGCUGGCACCAGCAAGAUUCAGGUGAUUUCAGACUUUGACAUGACCCUCACACGGUUUGCCUACAAUGGGAAGCGGUGCCCUACCAGUCACAAUAUCCUGGACAACAGCAAGCUCAUCAGUGAGGAGUGCAAAGCACAGCUGAAGGACCUGCGCAACACAUAUUACCCCAUAGAGAUCGAUUCCAAACGGACAGCAGAGGAGAAGCUGCCCCUCAUGGUGGAGUGGUGGACUAAAGCCCAUACUCUUCUGGUGCAGCAGCGCAUCAGGAAGGACCUGCUGCAGGAUGUGGUGAAGGAGUCCGAUGCUAUGCUCAGGGAGGGCUACCAGCUGUUCUUUGACCACCUGCAGGAGCACAGCAUCCCUCUGCUCAUCUUCUCUGCUGGGCUAGGAGACGUGCUGGAGGAGGUGAUCCGCCAGGCCGGGGUCUUUCACCCCAACGUCAAGGUCUUCUCCAACUACAUGGACUUUGACGAGACUGGCGUGCUGAAGGCGUUCAAAGAGGAGCUGAUCCACAUCUAUAACAAGAGGGAGGGAGCUCUGCUGAACACGGGCCACUUCCAGGAGCUCAAGUCACGCCACAACAUCCUGCUGGUGGGAGACUCUCUGGGGGACCUGACCAUGGCUGAUGGGGUGCACAGCAUGGAGAACAUCCUCAAGAUCGGCUUCCUCAACGACAAGGUGGAGGAGAGGAAGACGUCCUACCUGAAUGCUUAUGACAUCGUGCUGGUGAAGGAUGAGACCAUGGAAGUGCCGAACGCCCUGCUGCUCCACCUCACCGGCACCAAGUGACCUGACCAUGAACUUCAUCUCACUGGCCAAUCAGUAACGAGCGUUGCCGCUGGGAUGGAUUCCAGACUGUGUUUUGGAGUCGCCCUUCCAUGCUCCUCCAGUUGAGUCUCCGUGUUGAACACUUACAACUCGAGAGCAACAUCCUUUAUAGUCCUACAAUUUGAUUUGAUCAGGAACCCUACUGUCACAUUCUCAAUUGUUUACGAACCAUCAAUAGUCCAACUGAAAUGGAACAGGAAAACUAGGUGAUUUCCCCGUCUGGUAAAUGUGUAUUGGGUUUGUGGGGAGAGAAACGUUACUGGUGAUAUGUAUGCUCUGUCUACAUAUGAGGAAUGUACAGCGCCAGUAAAACGUUUGGACACACCUACACACAUUAUUUUGACUAUUUUCUACAUUUUCGAAUAAUAGACACCAUGAGUGUGCAAAGCUGUCGUCAAGGCAAAGGGUGGCCACUUUGAAGAAUAUCAAAUGUAAAAUAUAUUUUGAUUUGUUCAACACUUUUUUGGUUACCACAUGAUUCCAUCCAUAUGUGUUAUUCAUAGUUUUGAUGUCUUCACUAUUAUUCUACAAUGUAGAAAAUAGUACAAAUAAACACCCUGGAAUGAGUAGGUGUGUCCAAACUUUUGACUGGUACUGUAUGUAGGGAUGUGGGUGCUGUUGUUUGGAUCUAGAUGUCUUCUCUGUAUAGAUGAAAGUUGAAUGAGUUAUGGUUUGUUUGUCAUGUGGGACCUAUCUUUGUCAUAUAAAGGGAAAGAAGACAGGAUAAAGGGCAAUCUAACUUUACUUUUACCAUGGCAGUUUGAAACACCAGUGUUUUAUCUUUGUGUUUUAUAUGCCAUCUCUUUUUGUUUCGUGAGACUUUGUUCUCUCCCUUUUUUUUGAGAAGUGUAUUUUAUGAGAAUGAUUACAGUAAAUGUUCAUGUUUGACACGUAUUUACUUUCAGCUCUUAAUAGACUACUGUUUUAUGUGGAUAUCAUCAGUAUGGAAUCUGAUGAUGCCGUGUCAAGGUAUUAUGGGUUGUGUGCGUGGCUACGUUUUACAAUGGCCUUUUUUUGGCGCCACAGUACCACCAUGUGGUCAAAGUAAUAGUAAUUCAAGCCAUGUGUAUAUAUAUUGACAUUUACAGUAUCACUCCAUGCUGGUCUCAAAGAAUCCAUCCACCUUUAGCCUUGAUACAUUGAAAGUACAUGAGCAAAGUAAAAGCAUUUUGAAUAUUUGCCAUGUUUAUAUUUUCAAUGAAAUGCCAUCACUUUCUGUAAAACAUUUUGAUUAUGUUUUAUCAUUUAGAGGCCAAUUGUUGCCUUUUAGAGUCCUGUAAAAGUAAUGCUAGACCUAUUCGGUUUAUGGUGAAGAACAUCAAUAUUUAGUACUUUACAUUUUUUGUAUGAUGGCAAAACAUUAAAUUGCCACAUAAUGGACGUUUUUAGUUCUUGGUACAGCCAAGGCAUCUGAUUCUAUUGCUUUUAUUAGUAUGUUUUGCCAAAUUAUAGUAUAACAUUUUCACCCAGUUACUGGUUUAAAGAUUUGAAGUGGAAAUCCAUUCAUAUAUGGCGACGUCACUGGUACAGUACGCAAGAUUCCGGUCAUACAUUUCUCUUGAGACGUGUGUUACUGAGGGGACAGUGUGUUCGCUACAUUGUGUCACUAGAUUGUAUUUUUCACCUGUAUGAGAUAUGUAGGCUUAACAGGAUAACCUCUCCACAACUGUAAAUAAAAUGUGGCCACUCAACCCUUGUUUCACGUCA